AUGCCGGCCCAAACAUCGUCUUCGACGACCACUGCUACUCGAGUGCGCGCGUCGCUUGCCUGCCAGACCUGUCGGCAGCGCAAAGUCAAGUGCGACGUCCAGAAGCUUGACCCGGGCCGCCCUUGUACUCCCUGUCAGCAGUCGGAGACCAAUUGUGUCGUCCACGAGGACCGCAGGAAAUGGACAUCGCGGGCGCAUAUCGAGACGCUGCGGGAACGUAUUCGGAAUUUAGAGACUCUCUUGGGAAACCCGCCAGUCCAAAACGGACGCUCGGGAGAUACGGCCGACGAAAACUACACGCAAGCCGCGCACCUUGCUCGCCCAUCAAACGGCGCGAAUGCAACUGUCAUGUCUCCGCCAAAUGCUUCCGCCCCGCAGUCUACUUGCGAUCACGGGUAUGGCCCCUUCAGUCCGAAUGUGCAACAGCAAAUCUCCCCACCUGGGAAUCAUUGGCUUGAUUCCUUGCCAGACGAGCCCGCGCCUCCCGGAAUUGCUUUAGAUAAGAACUCAGCUCAGCUGAGGUACCAUCUUCUUCAGUCAUACUUCAAGUAUCAGCCUCUCUGGGUGUUUCUUGUGGACAAAAAGACGUUCAUGAAGCACCGAGCUAUAGGAAGCCCAUCGCAGUGGUAUUCCAAAUUCCUAGAAUCUGUGUUAUUAGCCUGCGCUGCACGCCACAGCACAUCUCAUGCGGUACGAGCUCUUCGUCACGAGUAUGCCAAGCAAGCCCAAGCGGAUAUCCCCAGCGCGCUUGAGAAUCCGACUCCUGCGUCCCUCGAAGGGUUUCUCUUAUUCAGCGAAUACGAAGUGACCCUUGGCCAUAAUGGAAUGGGAUGGAUGCUAUGUGGAAUGGCAUGCCGUACAAUUUACAGUCUUGACCUCCACCAGAUUCCCGAUACUCCGACAGGGUGCAAUCGGGAGAAACACUCAUCGCCAUCUGAGAGCACCUUGCUGCACUCCCUUCUCUGCGCGUGCAUUAUGUAUGAAGGGAUUUGGUGCACGUAUUUAGGGAGGCCUAGCUCCAUUCCCAAAGCCGUCAUGAAUAUCGCAACGACUUGGUGCCAUAAUCGGAAAGAGCCAGCAUCAACCAUGGUCACUGCUUGGGUCGGACUUUGCGUUCCUAUGGCAGAGAUCACAGAAACUCUGAAUAAACCUUCUGCAACACACACGACGACCGCCGCCACUCUAGUUGAGCUCGACACCAAGCUGCGCACAUGGUACGACAAUCUCCCUCCGGGGAUAGCUUAUGACGACGCCCAUAUGGCCGAGCUCGACGCCACCGCAUACGGCUUGCACAUGCAAUACUGCAAGCUCCGGAUUCUAAUACAGCAAGCAGCUAUCCGGAACUCAGCUUCCCGAAAACGCAAGUUUGGCGAAAUCGAGCCGUCAAGCCCACCCUCACAAGAAUUUCCCAAGCAGAUCAUCUAUCAGAAUGCUCUCCGGAUUGCUCGUCUCUUGUUGACUUACCGCGAAAUCUUUGGCACCGAAAACAUCCCGUCCGUCAUGUUGGAUAAUGCGAGACUUGGCAUGGAAUGCCUGGUCAGCCACAUAUUGGAGCAUCCAGGCCCUAACACUUCUCGCGAGGAGGAUAUGAAAUGGCUUCGGCAGAUGGUCAGAACCAUGGAGGCUGUACAAUUUCACUUCCCCAUCACGAAAUCUAUGUUGAUCGGCCUGGAGGAAAGCGUGGAAGGAACUUCUUUAGCCAGUCUGUUCAGCAGUCCCUCGCCACAAACCCCUAGUGCGCCGCAAAAUUCCCCUCCGUACGCUCCCGAACAUCGAGAAAGCGCUGUUGUUGUUUCAGAACAAGAAAACGCGGUUGUGGUUGCGGACCAAGAACGCAUGGAGAAUGACGAUGGUUGGAUCGGAACUGCUAGCGACAUUCUCUCCUCAUUCGGGUUCCCCAUCGACCUAAACAGCGCCAAUACUGAAGAUGCAGACAAUCAUUUCGCGCUAGAUAAACUCGCGAACAAUAACAGACGCGCGCUGCAUGAUCCUUCAGACCCUGUCAACUCCUUCUCUUGGCCUGAGUUCCAGCUCGAGACGCUGUCUCCGGAUUUGUCGAUGCUCAGGAGCGUUUGGUAACAGGUCAACCCGUGGACCUUUGAUAUGCCACUAGAAAGGAGGCCAAUGUCUAGCCUAUGUAAUACUAUAAAUUUUUCACGAUCAGGGCGGGAGUACCCUCGCUGAAGAAGCGCAAUGCUCAGUCGACAUACAUGCGCUAAUCCAAUACACGGAAUAUGGCUCCAAGGAGGAGGAAAAUCCGUAACAUCUUGCGAUAGGCUUUGCCGCUCGAUACCUACUUACAAUGCAAGCAAAUCGUCU